CCUAUGGCCGCCCAAAUAUCUGUUCACAAGACGCCUACCUUCGCGCCUCCAAAAUAUACUUUUACCCCCUGUCGCCUCCGUAGAACUCUACAUACCUCCACCAAGCAACCGAUCACCCUGGUAGUAUGUGGCUCCUUCAAUCCUAUAACAUACCACCACCUUCGAAUGUUCGAAAUUGCGGACGAUUUCAUUCGGCAGAACACUGAUUUUGAGAUUAUCGGUGGAUAUCUCAGUGACGAAUACCAGCAACCGGGACUAGUUAGUGCACAUCGGGUCAAAAUGUGCACGCUCGCUACAGAGCAGGAGUCAUCGUGGUUAAUGGUCGAUUCCUGGGAGGCAUUCCAGAAUUAUCAACGUACGGCUGUUGUGCUUGACCAUUUUGAUUAUGAGAUCAAUACGGUUCUUGGCGGUGUAUCCACUCGGGAUGGUGAACAUCGCAACGUUCGGAUCAUACUUCUUGCUGGUUCAGACUUGAUGAGCGCCAUGUAUGAGUCAGGCGUUUGGUCUCAUGAUGAUCUCGAUGAUAUACUUGGACGCCUGGGCUCGUUUGUCAUUGAACGCAUGGGGUCCGCCAUCGAUUAAGCGAUUAACAGCCUAGUGCGCUGGCGGAACAACAUAUACCCUAUCCCCCAGCUUGUCCAGAACGACGUUUCCUCGACGAAGCGGCUGUUAUCAAUUAUAUAGAGCAGAACAAUUUAUACCCGAACGACGGGCUCGGCCCGGAGAAAGAUGAACAUGGGAAGGACAGGGAGAGUGGAGAAGCUCAGGCUGAUACUAUUGGCUCGGAAAGCGCAGAUGAACGCGCUACUCAGUCAACAUUGGGAACGGAGAGAACAAUCAAAAUUGCACACCCACUACCUUUAGAUAACGAGGCGGUGGGAUCUUGUGGUAGAGGUCGUCUCACGGCGUUAAACAUGGGAAGAUAAACUAGUGAACUGAGUAAAUGAAAUCGAU